GGAAAUUAUUCCAUGUUCCUCUUUUUUUUGUAUCGGACUGUUGAUAAUUGUAGCAGUUUAUUCGUUGUUAUUGAUUGUCAUGAUGAAGAGAAGGAUAAACAUAUUUAGUAAUUUUUAUUAUGUCGUAAUACUGACCGAAGAAACGGGCUUUGUAAUGGACUUUAUUCGGACAAGCUUUAGUGAAGUAUCGACCGUUCAGAGGUAUGUGUAACAACAGGCAGAAGAUAUCAAUUUUUACAUGCCCGUUCAUAAAAGGAACAAGAAACAAAUCGUAUAACACCGAAUAUUAUUAAACAAAUUACACGAAGAAAAUAUUAUCACGAGAUACACGUGCGUCAUUUCAAAAGAAGAUCGUCCUUAUCCAUGCGUUUGAUUGCAACAUUUCCUACGUUUGCCAGGAGCGUUGUCGGCAUUGGAUGUUAAGAGAUUGGUGGAGAACGGGGGUCGAAAAUAACUAACAAGUCAAAAGAGGAAAGGAGAACGAUUCGACGGCUCUUCCGAGAGGUAGGGGGUGGUUCUCGCUGGUUCUCUGAUGCUUUCGCUUUUCCGAGUCCAGUGUGUUUCGCCACCCAAGAAACCCGCGUGCCUUGCGUUCGAACGCGAAGAUUUCACCACGUAUCAGGAUAGCUGCUAUUACAUCCCUCACAAGUGGUUGUGUACACGAAUUAAAAGCUGAUUGCGCAAAAGUACAGGCAUGUCUGCGCAGAGGGCAAUGUUCGUGAACAAACAAUUCAACUCUCCUAUCAAUUUGUAUUCACCUCAAGCAAUACAGGAAACUUUGGAUAGGCAAACUCAAGUUCUAGCUAAUGGUGCAGUUGGGAUCGAUUUCAAUCAACUCGCCAAACCAGCGAAUUUACAAAACAGUGCGGUCCUACGAAUGCUUGAAGAGGAAGAAGCAAGGCAACGAGGUGGUCAACCCAGACUUAAGCGCGUAGCUUGGCCUCCACCUCCAGAAGAUCAGGAUUUGGAUUUCGUGGAGCAAGGACCAAUACAAGCGAAGACUCGUGGAAUCGGUGAUCGCGCCUCGUACCAGAGCAGUUCCUCGUCAAGUUCAUCACCCCAGCCGCCUUCGACGAUCGCUCGUUCGUCGACUCGAAGCGCCGUUCUAUCGUCUCCGUCGCCCGUUAGUCCUGGUGGAACACUGCGACAACCGUCACACUUUCAACUUCAGUCAGCGCCAAAGGGUUGGCGACCGGUAACACCACCGGCUACUUCUCCCAUCUCGCAACAACCGAUACAGCCGAAUUGGUACGAUCAGCAACAGCAACAAGAUCAUCGUGCUCAGCAUCCUCAAGAUUAUAGUUCGCCACGACUGGCACAAACUCACGCCCCUGCCGUUUUUGAAGCACCACCGUCCACAAUCACACUUCGCCCGGAGCCUCCAAUCUCACAGGCACCAGCGCCAGUUUACCAAGCACAACCUGCCGCGACAAAGGCUCCAGUAAGCGGAAACAUGAGAGGAGACUUGAAGUGGCCGCCAGCAUCGGUGAGAGCUCAAACGGAAGCCGAAAACAGAGCUAGGAUGGAAUUAGCGAAAGGUCCUGCUGUUAGACCUCGCAGAGUGCACAAGGACUAUAGCGGAUUUUUCGCUCAACACGCUUUGAACAGUACCUAUCCUGGUUAUCGAGCUCCGCCAGGCACUCAAUACUUUACCCCUUCUUAUCAUAAUUAGCGAAUUUAUCCAAGAAAUGUUUACUUUUCUCGUAAUGUCAUCCUGAACUCGAUUUUUCACGACAUUUGUAAAAACCGUAAUUUUGAGAUCAAAUAUUUGAAAACUUGAAAUACUACAAAUUUUUAAAUUACAAACGGAAAGAACGUUAACGUAUAUAUUUCGGUUCAAAUUUCUUUAUAUAUAUAUAUAAUAUGUAUAUAGGACUUAGGACUGUACACGCAUGACAAAAUGCGUGUUCCGCUUUUCCAGUUCUUAGUCCAAAUUAGUACUUUCACGAGAUACACAAGUUACUUUUCCAGGUUCUUGAAACGCUUCUUGUUCGCAUUUUGAAUUUUAACAUAUAUAUUUUUGUAUAUAUUGAGACUGAUGCAACAUUUGCUUUUUCUCACCGCGACUCUCAUUUACGCGUAAAAAUUAAAAUAAUAAUUUAGCUUUAAAAACAUAUCCUUUUUAGGUAAUAAAUAUAAAUAAAUAUCGACAUACAAGUGAAAGUUAAUGUUUUUGACGGAACAACGUAUAUCUCGUGAAAGAAUCACAAUUAAUUCAAAUAUGUGUUCCGAUGGAAUAUUGCUACCAUAAUGAAAAAUGUCGAUUAAUGCAGAUUUUUCAACGACUAACGAAUAUCUAUGUUCGAAUAAACAUAGAAUAAAAUACGACAAAUUUUUAUGAAUAAAUCAUUAAUAUCGAAUAUCGAAUAUCGAAAAAGUUAAAAAAAAUUGACCAUGUGUCUAUUGACUAAUUAACGAAACUUUUUAAUAAUGUAAUAUAUUGAUGUGUAUAAAUAAAAGAUAUUUACAGAUUUAA